GGGACUUGACUUCAGGAAAGAUUAUUCAGAUUUGGCAAUGUUGUAUGCUACGUUCCCUACCGUUCCUGUUGUUGCCCUCACUGCCACAGCAAGCAAGGCAGAUGUUAUAUUAAUUAAAGAAUCUUUAAAUUUGAAAAAGCCAGUGAAAAUCACAGCUAAUCCUGACAGGCCAAAUAUAUUUUAUGAAAAGAUCAUCAGAAAGGGCAAUGACCUUGAAUUUUUUCAAGAACUUCUACACAACAUUGCAACUGAUUUGCAUAAAAAGAAUUGGAUUAUCUUUGACCAUUUUGUACCUGCCACUAAAAUGGUGUGGUUAUGCCUUCAAGUAUCUUGCUAAACAUUUGGAUAAGGAACUGUACUGUCCUCUUGAUGCUGAAGCAAAACCAGAAAAUAAGCUGUUUGCCCAAUUCCACUCACCCCAGACAAGUGCUAUGAAGAAUCAGAUUCUCACUGAACUCUCUUCACCAUUGUCAAAAUUGAGAGUUGUAUUUGCAACUGUUGCAUUGGAAAUGGGCAAUGAUAUGCCAUGUAAAAGACAUAGUAUUCAUGUUGGGCCACCACUUACAAUUAGAGAAUAUUUUCAAGAGACCGGGCGAGCAGGUCGUGAUAGGAAACGAUUAACAGCUGUCUUAUACUACAACAAGCGUGAUAUUGCAAUGAGCCGGCCUGGAACUAUUAAUAGUAUUCGUGAAUACUGCAAACUUGAGGACAGCUGCCUUAGGACGCUUUUGUUGGGCUGUCUUAUUGACGCUCAUGAUGUCAUGAAAGACAACCCUCAU